UAAGCCCAGGCUGCAGUGCUGAUAGCAGACUCCAGGGAAGAGGCAGGUGACUGCUCGCCGCCAGUGUGCUCUGCAUCCAGCUCAGCAGACUUUCCACGGACACCACAAUGGACCUGAAAGCUCUCCUACAGUUGCUGAUCUUAAUGUCUGUUGUAAGAGUCGCCCACUUCUCAAAAUCAUCUUCUAAGGGUCGAUAUAUGGCAUCUGUCUUCUCAGACCUGACUUCAGAGGAGAUGACCUCAGUUCAGACUUUCCUCAUGGACCAGGAACAGCUUAACCUAGUCCCGAUCAGAAGUCACUUUGGCAAAAACUCGAUCUUCAUGAUGGAGCUCAACUUGCCGAAGAAGCGGAGUGUCCUGAACUUUUUAGAUAAUAAUGGCCCCAAACCUCAAAGAGAGGCCAAAGUGAUCAUCUUCUUUGGGGACCAGGCCCAACCAAAUGUCACUGAAUAUAUUGUCGGCCCCCUCCCUCACCCAUAUUAUUACCGGCCAGUAACCUCUAAAAUGAACAAACCCAUAAGAUUUGAGUCGCGGCCUAUGACUUAUAUGGAGUAUGACAAAAUCCAAAAACGUCUAAUGGAGUUUACCAAGGAGUUAAACCACAUCUUACUGGAGACCUCCGGUUUCUCUUUCUACAACUGCUCACCACGUUGUCUUAGCUUCACAGACAUUGCCCCUCGGGGCUUGAAUUCUGGAGAACGUCGCUCAUGGUUGAUACUCCAAAAAUAUGUAGAAGGGUUCUUUCUCCACCCCAUUGGAGUUGAGAUCCUCCUCAAUCAUCGCUCCCUCAACCCUAAAGAGUGGACCAUCGAGAAGAUCUGGUAUAACGGCCAAUACUUUGAUAGUGUCAAGGAUCUAGUCCAUAAGUAUGAGAGGAAUGAACUGUCUAAAAUACAGCUAUCAGAUAACAGUCAAGAUCCUUAUUCCACCUUCAUGCCCCGUGGAGAAUUUAAGACAAAAACAGAUAUUCAUGGUCCAAAAACAUGUGAACCCCAAGGAAAACGUUACCGAGUGCUGAGCAACUAUGUGGAGUACACCGGCUGGAGCUUUGCUUACCGGAUCCGUCCAUCGGCUGGCCUCCAGAUAUUUGAUAUCCAGUAUAAUAAUGAAAGGAUAGCCUAUGAGGUGAGCAUACAGGAGGCCAUAGCCUUCUAUAGCGGUGCCACGCCCGCUGGUAUGCAAACAAAGUACAUUGACUCCGGUUGGGGGAUGGGGACAGUACAUUAUGAGCUGGCAAAAGGAAUCGACUGCCCUGAGGGGGCCACCUACCAGGAUCUCUACAAUUAUUACGACACGGACAAACCGUUGCGAUAUAAGAAUGCAUUGUGCAUCUUUGAGCAGCCCACAGGGAUACCCUUACGGAGACAUUUUGACAGCACCUACAAUGGGGGUUAUAGUUUCUAUGCCGGGGUGGAAAACCAAGUCCUGGUGGUGAGGACAACGUCCACCGUCUAUAACUAUGACUAUAUCUGGGACUUUCUGUUCUACCAAAAUGGAGUCAUAGAAGUUAAGGUGAGCGCCACGGGGUACAUCCAUGCCACUUUUUUCACUCCUGAUGGCCUCCAGUCUGGAAACAGGGUCCAAAGCCAUGUCCUGGGGAACCUCCAUACACACUUGAUCAAUUAUAAAGUGGACCUAGACAUUGCAGGUACAGAAAACAGCUUUGAAACCAUUGAUCUGAAAUAUGAGAACAUUACAAAUCCUUGGAGUCCGGGUCACUUUAUUGUCCAGUCCCGUAUGGAUCGCGUCCCGAGAAGCAGUGAGCGUCAGGCUGCUUUUAGGUUUGGAUCUCACGUCCCGAGGUAUCUAAUGUUUCUAAACCCCAACAAGAAGAACAAGUGGGGACAUCAGAAGAGCUAUCGGAUCCAGUAUAACUCCCAUGCCCAUAGUGUGCUGCCACGAAUGUGGGCCGAGGAGAAGGGAAUCUCAUGGUCCAGAUACAGCCUGGCAGUGACCAGACACAGGGAGUCAGAGCAGAGCAGCAGCAGCAUCUACAUCCAGUGUGACCCCUGGGACCCCGCCGUCUAUUUUGAGAAUUUCAUCCGUAACAAUGAGGACAUUGUAAACAAGGAUCUUGUUGCCUGGGUGACAGUCGGCUUCCUCCACAUCCCCCAUGCUGAGGACAUCCCAAAUACAUCCACCCCGGGAAAUGCGGUUGGAUUCUUACUUCGACCUUUCAACUUUUUUGAUGAAGACCCCUCCGCGGCCUCCAGGAGCACAGUCAUCGUGAGACCCACGGACAAAACCUUCACCAAAGUGAACAUCCAACGUUGGACUCCUGAAGUGAUCGGUCAAUGUGUGUCAGACAAGCCCUUCCGCUACAACGGUACUUACUUCUCAGACUGAGGAUUUAUCUUGAGGAUUUAUCUAAAAUUUCCACAUAGAGGAUGGAAACAUACAGAGGUUCAACCAGCCAUCUCAAGACAAUGAACGUUCCAGUGUCUCCCUAGGAGCCCAGAGUCAUCGAAACAAAAUCGGGAGUCAUUGGCAUCCAUCACUGUGCAGCAAAAAAAGGAGGGCGGCACAGACAAGAAGUCACAGUGUAGCAAUAUAUGUAACAUCUCAUCAGAUCAUUUGGGGAUACUAUGUUGCAGUGUGACAUGUCCCACCUUAACACCAGCUUCGAAUUCUUUGCCGCCUUAUAUGUGUAGCAUACUUGUGCAUAUAAUAUAAAUGACACCACCACAGCACUGUAUACAAGAUGGAUGAAGACUUCCCACUAUGACUUGCUGUGCCCAGAAACUUGUUUUGCUUGCUUUUACACCAAUAUCUUCCCCGUAUCAGCCACAAUGCCUCUUAUAAAGGGGUUAGAUUGGCCCACCAGAGUACCAGAGGAUCCUCCGGUGGUCCCAGACUCUGAUACUAUAAAAGGCUUCAAAGAUCCUCAAGAAAAAAAAAACCUUUGGCUGUUUUUGGAGCCUGGAGUUUAAAUGAUGAUAUAGAGGUAGGGCCUCGAGAAUAAUAUCCUCAGUGGUCCCAAGGAACCCAAGUCUGACACUGCUCUUAUACUGCCAUAAUGAUCAUACAACAGCCACAUGUACCCCAUAAUAGCCACAAUUCCACUUAUUCCAGCCACCAUUCUCCCAGGACAUGACCCUCAUAUCAGCCCAUAUCACCCCCAUGACCCAGCGCUUGCUUACCUCCUGGGCCAGGUGGGCUUCCUCACAUUGCUCAGUUCCUCACCAGCUCCAGUGUGACACAGGGACAGGUCACGUCUGACUCCUCGUUAGUUUUCACUUCUAUCCACAUCCUAUAGAUGAGCUCCUGCCGCCGGGGUCUAGUGUCAGUGCGGACAAUAAAACUUUAAUGAUUGAUCACCGAAGACGCCGUUCUUAUAAUACCAUAUUUUGCUUUACCCAAACUGACCAAUCAUAAUCUAGGAAUAAUGUGAUCAGUUGUUACAGACAAAGCCUCCAUAAAUAAAUUCCUCAAUGUUUAUAAUCAAUAAAAAAAAUAUAACAAUG